CCAAAAAAAAAUAAAAACAAAGAACCUCUUGUAAUGGUUUGAUUGGCGCACUACUGAGAAAACGUUUUUACAACAAAGAGGCGAUAAAUAAAUGUUUUAUGCACGUGAUAUUUAUCAUAAGAGUUUGACACAUCUAAAUGGCGUGUUGACAUCAAAUUGGGUUGUCGCGUCGGUUGUAUGAAAAAACCAAUUUCUUUCCUUUUUUAUUUCGUUUUUCGCUCGCCUUUUUUUUUGCUCAAUUUCUAACAAUUCAUAAGACUACUUAGUUUUUUUUAAAUUAAUAUAGGGUUUUAUAUUUCGUACCAUGCAACAGGGCGGCGGUAUUUCACCAGUGCAGCGGCAGCAGCAGCAUCAGCGUCUUACUUCAAUCAAUGACCCAAGCAAUAAAUUCCAUCAACAGCACCAACAAGUACCAGCAUCCGCACCGUCAGGCUCUCGCUCACGCCUAGUCCCCAACGAGCCCAAGCCCGCGUCCACAGCCAGCACGCACUUCGACCAUAUGCUGCCCGGACACGACGGUUAUAUCACGGAAGAGCACCUCAGCUAUCUUUCCGGCGGGCCAUUCAACCGAUUUGCUUUAGCGCUCAAGUCCAACCUGGACAAUGAGAUUGACUGGGCGUGUGCGCGGCUGGUGGCGGCAACCAAUCUGCUUAACGACAACUGGUCGAUACUGCAGCAUGCGCCGUCUUUGCUUGAGGCGAUUUUGCGGGUGCUCGAAAGGUCGCGCAAGGAGCUGCGACAAGGCACCCUAUCCAGCGAUACUGGCGGCCAGGGUGGGCGGGUUGGGCGGUCGGUCCGGGCGGCUGUUCUGGCAGGGGGUUCGGUGAAACAGGUGGCGCUGGGGGAUUCGGGGCUGGAGAUGGUGGUGCAGCGGGCGGGCGAGCGCAGUGGACUACUGAGCACAGCGCUGUUUAAUCUGUCGCAGGUCGGGGAUGGCGCCCAGCUGAUGGCGCAGGACCCGAGAAUUACCAUUGAAGCGACCCAGUGGCUGCGGACGUUCCCACAGGAUGACCUUCUGCUGGUCAGCAUCAAGGCGGAGUUCCUCGAUCUCCUGGACACCAUUAUUCCGCUGGCCCCGCAGCCACCCUUCGACACCAUGCCGGUGCUCAAGUGGCCGAUUUUUGGAUCCCGCGAGGCCUCCAGCCUGGAUCCACUCACCCUUGUCGAGACCUGCUUAUGGGAGGAGCUUGUGCGCAUUAUCCACGUGUCGCAGGAGCGCAAGCUGGUGCUCGGCGCCCUGCGCCUCAUGGUGCAGUCAAUCUCAUGGCAUCCGCAGCUCGCGCGCGAAAUCCUCUCCCUACCCAUUCCCAAAUGGGCCGCAGCCAUGACUGCAGCGGAUAAUACCGCGAGAAUAUCGCCUAUUGGCCAGAUGGUUAAUUGUCGGCUGGCGGAGCUCAUUUUGGCACCCGAUGUUGAGAUCGUCGGAGCGUGUUUCGAGGUGCUCUUGAAUACUGUACGGCUGGAGGCGAUGGCUAAGGCGCUGGAUGAAGAGCUUGAGGCGUUUGCAGCGAAGAGUGGACGGCCUGCAGAGGCGGCGGCAGCGGUGCGUAGGAGGAGGCGGGUGGGGGCUGUUGGUGGUGCCGGAUUGGGCGAGGCGGAGGCGUCUGGCGGUGAGUCUGGCGUGCAGACGCCGAUUUUUGGAUUCCGCCCAAUUCCUCGCUCGGUCAAUAUGGCAACAUCAGCAGCAGCAACAGGGGCGGCGGCGGAAGGGUCGGAGCCCAGUAUGCUUCCCUCGGGACUGUCAGCGCUGGUCGCGCUGGUGAUGCAGCAAUGGGUGGCCGCCGCAUACCCGCCUACCGAAAUCACAGGAUCCCAUCCAGAGACUCAUCCAGGAACCCAGCAGCCAGCGCAAUCUCAGCAGACCCACCACCAGCAGAACCAACAUCAGCAGCAGCAGCAACAGCAUCAGGGUAUGAGUGCAGAGCAAAUUAGGGCAGCGGCCAACCGACCACCGACUGAACCGGAGCUGCGCGAGGCCUGUACCUGGGUACUCCUCAACUACGAGUUUGUCACGCCGGAGAACCCGCAACAAGCCGCACACCAGGUGAGCGUCUCUGAGCUUUUCGGGCGCUACAAGGUGGCCAAACAGAGCCAGACAGUGCCUCAUAUUGGACGGGCGCUCAACAUUAACGAGAUGAUGCGGGUAGUUGCCGCAGUGUUUCCCAAAACAGCUCUUGUCGAGAGCAUAAUUAAUCAGCAGCAGCAGCGUAAUGGUCUUCCUGGUGGUGGGAGUAAUUCACCGAUGGUUGUGUAUAUGGCGUUGCAUCUUAAGGCUCGGUCCCCGCAUAUCAUGCCUAUUCCCGCAGUGGCUGUUGACAAUAGCAAUAGUGGGGCGACUCCCAGGCAACCUCCGGCACCUGUUUCGGUGGUUGAUCCGAAUGCAUGCCUAUGGGAUGGAUGCUUGGAGGUGUUUGUUAGUGAGCAACAGGCGAGAGAGCAUUUGGCUAAACAUGUGGUUGAGGCCGAUGCCUGCAGAUGGCGCGGCUGCAAUCGCAUCCCGAUGGCAAUGGCAGAUAAUGGGAUUGAUGGUGAGCAGUUGAGACAGUGGAUUUCGCGACAUGUCCUGAUACAUGGGCCAUUCUACAAGCCAGCUGCUCCUGCUCCUGCUUCUGCUGUUGUGGAGGAGGAGGAGGAGGAGGAGCAGGGGCAGGGGCAGAGGCAGGAGCAGGAGCAGGAGCAGGGGGCUCAUCGGGAGUCCAAUGGGACUACUGAGGAUUGCGGGCAGCUUGACUUGUUUGCGCUCGCGCAGAGUAUUCGACAGGAAAAAACGCAUGUUCUCGAGAUGAUUUCGCCCAACCUGCUGAAAUCCUCCAUAGCCGAAAACAACAACCCCACUUCUUCUCAUCAACACCAAUUGCAAUUGCAGCAGCAGAGGGCGGUUUGGUUGGCUGUUCAGGGUAUAGAGGUUAUUGAGCAGUUACAAAAAUGGGCAGAUCGCAGGCUUGGACGUCAAGGGGAGGUGGAUCGUUUGAGGGUGUGGCAGUCUGGGGAUGAUGUUUUGGAGCGCGUGGCGUUUAUUGCUGCUAUGAAUAUGCCGGCUGCUGCGUAUGCGUCUAGGCUGAUGGCUGUUAUUAGUAGGCGCAAUGUGGUGUGAAAUUUAAUUAAUAAUAUAUAUUUUUAUUAUUGGCGUAAUUGUGUGGAUGGGUAUAGAGCCCCGUAAGUGCG